GCGGGGGACAGGCGCGCGCGGGCGCGAUGGCGGCGGUGCGGCUGGGCUGCGGCGCGCGUCGCCUGCGGGUCCUCCUGUCGCCGGUGACGCCGGGGAUGCGCGCGGCCCGCUCCGCGCCCGCAGCCGCGUUCGGGUCCUCCGUGACCUCCGCCAAGGUGGCCGUGAACGGCGUCCAGCUGCACUACCAGCGCACGGGCGAGGGCCCGCAGGCCGUGCUGCUGAUGCCCGGCAUGCUAGGGUGUGGAGAGACGGACUUCGGGCCGCAGAUCAAGGGCCUGAGCAAGAAGCUCUUCACGGUGGUGGCCUGGGACCCGCGGGGCUACGGGCACUCCCGGCCCCCGGACCGAGACUUCCCGCUGGACUUCUUUGAGCGGGACGCCAAGGACUGCGUUGACCUGAUGAAGGCGCUCGGGUUCCAGAAGGCCUCCCUGCUGGGCUGGAGCGACGGGGGCAUCACAGCCCUGGUGGCCGCCGCCAGGUUCCCCACGUUCGUCCACAAGAUGGUGAUCUGGGGCGCCAACGCCUACGUGACCGAGGAGGACGACCGGAUCUACCAGGGCAUCCGCGACGUGUCGCAGUGGAGCGAGAGGACGAGGAAGCCCCUGGAAGUCCUGUACGGCCGCAGCUACCUGGCCAGGACCUGCGAGCAGUGGGUGGACGGGAUCGGGCAGUUCAAGCAUCUCCCUGACGGGAACAUCUGCCGCCACUUGCUGCCCCUGGUGCGCUGCCCCACGCUGAUCGUGCACGGGGAGAAGGACCCGCUGGUGCCGCGCUUCCACGCCGACUACAUCCACCAGCACGUGGCCGGCUCCCGGCUGCAUCUGAUCCCGGAAGGGAAACACAACCUGCACUUACGUUUCGCAGAUGAGUUCAACAAGCUGGUGGAAGACUUCCUGCCAUGAGGGGCCCCCCCAGCUCUGCGCCCGCCCCCUCCCCUCACACAGUUCCCACCUCGCCCUCCAGCCGUGAAUGCCACACGCAGUGAGGGGCUGAGACAGCACAGCCAGCCCGUGCUGUGCCGGGUUCGAGCUACAACACAAGCCUCACGGGCCGUGUCGAGCCCUGAGCACUGCCGGGCGGCUCCAGAGACCGGAACAACCCAUUGACAACAAACAGAAUAAUUUCAGGGGAGGAAACUGCUUCCCGGGUGCUGCUCCGGCAGCUGAGAAGGGCCGGGCGCCUCAGUGGGCGGAGCUCGUUAGUCGCCUGGGCCCAGGGCCGAGACAGACACACAGCGCAGUCCCGGUGUGACCGCCACACCGACGGAGGAGACUGACCUGCUUCCCCCCACGCGCCCUCCCUGAUGUUCUCACCUUAACACUUUGGGCCAGGCUAGAGGGGAAGUAACUCUCUCUGUUAGAGCACAUUAGCAUCGAAAUCCAAUUCUGAUGAACUGACACGGCCCCCUCCC